UGAUGAUCUACCUAAAACCACAGCACCGAAAGUGCUUGACUCAUAAAUAUCCUAUUAAAUUACUAUAGGGACUAUGUGAUCAUAAUCCCUCAAAGUUAUAGAAUAGGACUAAAUGGCAGCCGUCUUGGUCAUGGAGAAUUAUCAUUAUAAUUAUCAUUCCUAAUUAUAUGGUUUGACUAAAGCAGUGACGACUCGGAUACCACGGUUUCUACCUCCCGCCCCGCGGACACAGUGAGUUUGACUGUCUCGCUGUCAGCGCAGCGGUGAAUGCCGGAUUGUUUGGCCACCAGCGAACAGUUGCGUUUCGGCUCUACGUGUACAUGCAAAGUGUGACAAAUGCCAUCAAGCGUAAACUACUCCUGGAACAAUUAAACAGCCCACCCUUGGAUUUGAAGGGAAUUCUAUAGACUUCGAGUGAUUGGCUUUGGUUUUUGGCUUGUUUCUGUUGUUCCAUCUUGUAGAGACUGAGAAAUAACUGCCAACAUGUCUAGGGAUCAUGACAAUGUGAAUAAGCUGACCGAAAGUACAUACAAGAAUGUGAUGGAGCAGUUGAAUCCAGGACUGAGGAACCUUGUCAAUCUGGGGAAGAACUAUGAGAAAUCUGUAGCCGUGAUGACUCUUGCUGGGAAGGCGUACUUUGAGGCUGUGUCAAAGAUAGGAGAGACUGCUUCCGUGUCCCCUGUCUCCAGAGAAUUAGGUGUGGUUCUGAUGGAAAUCUCUGAGGUGCACAAGAAGGUUCACCUGGAGCUGGAGGAGAAUUUCAAGCAGUUCCACAAAGAAAUCAUUUCUGAGCUGGAGAGGAAAACAGAGAUGGAUGUCAAAUAUAUGACUGCAACAUUCAAGCGGUACCAGUCAGAGCACAAAAUGAAGCAGGACUCUCUGGAGCGCUCUCAGACGGACCUGAAGAAGCUGCGGAGAAAGAGCCAGGGAAAACAAGCCACCAAGUACGAGAAGAAGGAGAACGAGUAUAUAGAGACCAUCUCGUCUCGGCAGAGUGACAUGCAGAAGUUCAUCGCUGACGGCUGCAGAGAGGCCCUCCUGGAGGAGAAGAGACGAUUCUGCUUCCUGGUCGACAAACACUGCACGUUCUCUUACCAUGUCAACACCUUCCACGAGAAGGCCAAAGAGCUGCUGGCAGUGAAGCUGCCCAGCUGGCAGGAUAAAUGCAAAGAUGCCACCAAGGUCCCCGAUACAGUAUUGACCAUGCUAGAGGGGCUCCGCACCCCCAUGUCUGGGACCCCAGAAGCCUCGCCUCUCGUCGAACGCUACAACAGGAACAACAGGGACUCGAUGGUUCCCCCACCAGCCCCCCAGCUGAAGGCCCAGAUCAGUCCACUGGCUAAUAUGUUCAACCAGGACGUCCCCCACGCCUCCUUCACAUCCACAUCUACAUCAGACCACAACUCAGGCCAGAGCAGUAUGGAGAACAGUGGAAGCCUGUCUCUAUCUCGGUCAGUGUCGAUAGGUUCUGGGCUGAACGUGGGCAGGAAGCCACGGGUCAGGACCAUCUUCCCCCACACGGCGGGCAACAACGACACACUCCUGUCCUUUGAUGAUGGUGACAUCAUCAUACUGCUCAUUAAGGAGGAGAAGGACGGAUGGCUAUACGGAGAGCUGGAGAAGACCCAGCAGCGGGGCUGGUUUCCCUCAUCUUACUGCCGACCUUACAAUGAACCACUGAUCUCAAACAGUUUGGGGACACCGGUGCGUCGUCUGAGUGUGGCCAGUCUUCCGGAACAGGAAGAGGAGGAGCCUGUUUUGCUGCCGCCGCCAGACUACAGCGACAGGACAGGGAACAGCCCUGUCAGCCUGGUCAGCGCCUCCACACCCUCACCCAAAAACACGGUUUACAGUUGGCUGACCUAAUGUGGAAGACAUUUUAUUUGUGUAUUUUCACAUGGGCUAGUUAGGGAAGGACUCCCACCACCAAGCACACUUUAAGCUAUUUCUGUUAUGACAGAAACCUAAGGCCUAAAUGUCUUGAUGCUGCCACUGAUAAUUGAGAGAGGGAAAUAAAAAUAUAUUUAAAAAAUGCUCCCUGCCUGGUUUUGUCUCUGUGCAGGAAUGAAGGAGGGAGGAAGAGAGGGAGGGAAGGACGGAGGACCAGGGGGGUAUAGGCCUACACAGAAAUGUUGCUUAACCACACAUCUUCAAUUAGAACCUGCACUGUCAGCUGGUUUGAGAAUGAAGUAAUCAUGGUGUACAGAGCUAUAGGCCCUCUCUCGCCCCAUCCCUCGCUCGCUCGCUCUCUCUCUUUCUCUCCCCAUCUUUUUCACUCUCGCUCUCCCCAUCUCUCACUCUUCUCAGCGCUCUCUCUCUCCCAUCUUGCGCUCUCUCUCUCUCUCAAUUCAAUUCAAUUCAUUUACAUUUACAUUACAUUUAAGUCAUUUAGCAGACGCUCUUAUCCAGAGCGACUUACAAAUUGGUGAAUUCACCUUCUGACAUCCAGUGGAACAGCCACUUUACAAUA